AUGACGGCCGAGAAAGACAAUGGCCCGCUGUCUGACACCGAGGGCGGCGAGAAGCCUGUACGCGAGCAACUGCAGAAAGCACAUCUGGGUCACGAUAAGAACGCACCUCGGUCAGACGCUACCUCCGCAGGGCACCAUGGCAAGAAUGGAGAGAAUGGGUCAGAGACUUCAGGCAGAGGUCUGAGUCGGAAGAGAAGUCACGAUGACAUGGACGAUCCAGAGGAGACAGGAUCCACCGACAGCAAGUCGUUUGCCGCAAAGCGAUCACGAAGCACUACUCGCGGCAAAAACGAUGGCGACAACGGCCAGCGGAAAAUCUCAGGCGAGCGACCACGGAACGGCGAUGAGAGCUUGGACGAGACUGCGGAGGUCCCCAUAGCCGCCAACGGUACUGUGCCAAGACCUGGCACUCCAGAAGUCACGGGCGAGAAGAGGGAAGGAUCAGAAGUGGAAACGGUGACCAGCCCGAAGACUAAGAGGAGCCGGCUGCUAUCCUCAACAACUGCAGUAGAGUCUACUUUGCAAGAAGAGAACAAGGCAGGAGCUUCAGAAGACCAACCAGAUGACAAGCACAACGCAGCGGCUGAGGAAGAAAGCAAGAUCCCGCCUACAAGCGGAUUCGCCAAUUCUUCAGCUGUAUCGCCAUUUGGAGCUCUGGCUGGCAGCAAGUCGCCUACAGAAGAGAAACAGACGUCUUCUAGUGCAUUUGCUUCAUCUGGCUUUGGCGCAUUGGCUGGAGCAUCGACUUCAGGCUUCGGAGCUAUUGGUAAAGGAUCAGGUAUGUAUGCAGGCGGUGCCACGAUUCCCUCGAACCAUUCAUCGGCAGCAGAGUACUGAGCUAAUUAUGGCCAGGCGGUUUUGGAUCCGGCGGUAAUUUCGCGACAGGCUCGAAGAGCGCGCCGAAGGAGAGCGAUAAACCUGGAGCGUUCGGCGGCUCGCUCGGUCAGCGAUCCGCAUUCUCCGCCGCAGGCAGCGGAAGCGGAUUCGGUUCGAGCGCUUCUGGUUUUGGUUCUCUAGGAGGUCCGUCCUCUGGAGGCUUCGGCGCAGGCAUCGGUGGUACCGGCUUCAGCAGCUUAGGUGGAGGCGGUCUGACUUCUUUCGCCAGCGGCAAAACUGCUGCCCCAUUGGGAAAGCCAGCAAAGCCUUUCGGUGCACCUGCUGACGACGACGCCGAGGAAGAGGAGGGAGCGGACGAAGAAGACAAGGCUGGUGCUAAGAGCUCGCUGGCAACCGAGGAGGAGAAGCAAGAUGAGCGCUUCUACGCUCAAGAGCUGGAAACUGGGGAGGAGGACGAGGUCACCGAAUUCUCCGCACGCGCUAAGCUGUACAACUUCGCGGCUGGUCCAGAAGAUCCAAGCAAGAAGGAAUGGCGAGAGCGUGGUCUUGGAACGCUUCGUUUCAACGUUCGCAAGCCAACAGCCGAGGACGAGAAGCCCAAGGGUCGUCUAUUGAUGCGAGCAGAAGGCUCCCACCGAGUGAUGCUCAAUACCCCUGUCACGAAGGAGCUCAAGUUUGGCUCUCCAGCUGGCGAGAAGCCGCAAGGUGGUUACAUGUACUUCGUGGGUACUGUCGAGGGCAAGGACGGCUUGGAGCUUCUGCAACUGAAGGUGAGAUGCAUUUGCAUUCUUACGUGGAGGAAUCGAUCUGUGCUAACGGAUAAAUAGAUGAAGCAAGUCAACGCUCUCGACCUCUGGAGCCAAAUUGUCGAGCUCCAGAAGGGCAUGUAA